AUGGUAAGCAAUGAUUAUACAACUUAUCUGUAUUUAGCUGCCGACCUGCACUUGUACAUAUUAGGAAUGAUAAUAUUCGUCUUAAUAAGAAACACAAAUUGGAGGAACGUGGUAAUGGCGACAUUGUUCAUCAUUGGAGUUGCUUUGCCAGGACUGGUGACAUACUUGUAUGAUUUAACAUUUUUGAUGAAGGUAUCUCCGAGAACGUUAAUGCGAAUUUUCAUAGAAGACCCAGCUUACAACUACCUAUACACACCAAGUUACACUAAUAUUCCUUCUUUCGUUAUGGGGUUGGCGCUUGGAGCUCUUAUCCAUAAUUUACAGAAAAGAGAUUUCAAUCUGGAAAAAUAUAAGAAGUUCUUACCUAUUUACUGGGCCAUAAUUCCUUGCUGUGUGGGAAUACUUCUUCUCAGCGGUGUCAACUACAUGGAUGGCCCGCCAUAUCCUUUGUACAUUCGAGUGAUUUUCCAUACAUUUUUAAGACCUGUUAUGGGGGCGUUGAUUGCCACUAUCAUUCUUGGCAUGGUGUUUAAAUUUGAUAACUUUUAUCGAGGGAUUUUGGAGUGGGACGGCUGGGCUUGGGUAGCCCGAGUGUCGUAUGGAGCUUAUCUAAUACAUUUGACUGUUGUAAGAAUCAUUUUAGGCAACUCAACGAAAUUAUUUACAGUAUCAUUAUUAACAAUCGUACCAGUUAUCGGUAUGGCGUACAUUUCAUUUUUAGGCGGAACAAUAAUAUGGUUACUGAUCGACGCGCCCGUAAAUCAAUUAGUCAAGAUUUGGUUGGAAAUGCCUACUAAAAAAAGCGACAAACGGAAGAAUGAAAAUAUUGAUGUUUAUAUUCGGAUUUGCCAAUCACCUCCGAAUGCACUCACGGAGGUAGUAAGGCUUGUCUAUAAUGAAUUACGACAUGGAGGAUCAUCAUCAUCUUUUGCUUUGUAA